AGUAACACAGGUUUACAGCAACAGGAAAGAAACAAGCAGACAAAGGUGACAGCAAAUCUCAUCAUGGCAUCAGCCGCUCUGCAGUUUUUUGCUUUCAUCCUAGCCUUGUUUGGUGCUUUUGGUGCGAUCACAGCCACCCUGUUGCCCAACUGGAAGGUGAACGCAGACACGGGCUCAAACAUAAUCACAGCCAUCACUCAGAUGCAAGGGCUCUGGAUGGACUGCACAUGGUACAGCACUGGGAUGUUCAGCUGCACGCUGAAAUAUUCAAUCCUCUCUCUCCCUGUUUACAUCCAGGCAGCAAGAACCACCAUGAUUUUGUCCUGCAUUCUCUCCAUUUUUGGGAUCUGUAUCGCCACAGUGGGGAUGAAGUGUACCCUCCUGGGAGGGGACGGAGACACCAAAAACCACACGUCACUUGCCGGAGGAAUCUUCUUUAUUUUGGCCGGAAUAUCUGGCUUGAUACCAACAGCCUGGUACACAAAUGAGAUUAUUUCAAAAUUUCUGGACCCUACUAUCCCGGAAAGCAGUAAGCAUGAACCAGGAGGAGCAGUUUACAUUGGAUUUAUUUCAGCUGGACUUCUGCUUGCUGCAGGUGCCAUCUUUGGCACUUCCUGUUUUAAGAAACAGCAGAGAGCAUGGAUUUAUCCUACCAAGCAGCAGGACCUACACCUAACUGCCCAGCAAGUGGACACAGGCUACAGCCUGAAGGACUAUGUGUAAAUACAGUGAUGGACCUGUCUAUCGAGGUUGUUUUUGGUAGUCUUGCUUUUAUAACAAUGCUGUUGAUGCAAGCCUUAUAAUUACAUUGGAUGAGGUAUUUCUUUAUCUAUUAAAAAA